AUGAAUGGCCAAUUGGAGGAGGUCGACUUGAGUAAAAGCAGACUGGCGGGUUUGAGAUCCUUGCAACAUAUGGCCAUUUCAGAUGGGGGCGGGGAUCGCCGCAACAUGGCAUAUCAAGUUGCCAAACUAACUUUUGGUGCGAAAGAAAAUACACGUAAGAAGAAAAGGCCUCAAAUUUGGAUCCAGCAAUUGAGAAAGACCGCACUUUGCAGCGUGUAUCGUUUCUGGUAG